AUGACACAGACGAAACGUCAACGUGCCUGGUCGAUAUCUGAUUUCUCCAGUUUGUCUAAAUGUCUGUGCCCGCAGAACGUACAACCGGCGGCAUCUUCGGAAAUCGGUGACAUUUUUCAGCAUGUCCAAACUUCCAUCGGUAUAUAUCAAAGCGGUUACAUUUAUGGUCUUGUACGUGAGGCCCAGUUAGCGUCAGACACAUUACAGGUGCUUUCGUACUCUACCAACGAAUCAAAUGUACCUAUUUUGAAAUUGGCUCCAUAUUCAAGGCAUCGCUCCGUUCCUCAUGGAGAGCAAUUCAGACUCACUGGUCGGCGCCUUCGUUCUUCAUCAUGUCAAGAACCUCCAAAAUUAAGCUUCGGUCAACCAACAAUCAAUAUGCUGUGUCCUUCAGAAUGCCGAGGCGUUCCUUCACUAACCAAUUCCCUCAUCAUUGGAUACUUAGCUCGCGUGACAACAGAUCAUCCAUACGUUGGAUUGGUGGAUCUUUUAAAUUUACAGUCGAACGAGGAUAAUAAUGGUGGGUCUCCUGCUUCAAGAUCGCGACUUCGUAACGUGGGCGUCACAAUGGCCUCCUCAGUGGUCAUUUCGGCCAAACCUUCCCUUCACGAAAGUAAUGGGAAUGGCGCGUCAGUCUACUCUUCCAGUAGCCACCAUUGCGAUGCUCUAUCCUCGAGGGGUCUCAGUGACAGUGCUUGCUGUGGUCCUAGCAAAACCGGUACCUUGGACAUUGAUAAUGACUACAGGUUGAGGAAACUCUCCACCCAGGUGGAAGUUGAGCAUUUACGAAGUAUGAUGCACGAGUUUGAAAGAGCUCGUCUGUUUCACACCAAUUCUGGUCGCUCUUCCGAUUCGGCGUCUGCUUCAGAUAUGGUGAAUCCGAAGUACAGGAGAGAUAGUCGGACCCUUUUUACCCUGAACAGCAUUUCUGGCUUUGCUUCUCCAGACUCACCUCGUAUGGUUGUACCAAACACCACCCACGAUCAACUGGACCGAAACCAAGAAGCCUCCCUUCCAUCUCUUGACUCCACUCCCAAUGCAUCGCCUCUAGAGCCCUCGCUAAGUCCACAGAGUUCCGUUGCAACAGAUAAAAAUCCAUGUCACAAUAGUGACCACACGACGCGCCGCAUCAGCCGCCUCGAGCACAAUAUCAUCGCUCCUCUGUCGUUUUAA